GCGCCCCCCGCGAGCUCCGACCUGCAGAGUUGAGUUUUGAGCCAAGUAAACGCAGGCAGCCAAGGGCCGGAGCUCACGGAACACCGCGCAUACCCAUGAGCGCAUGUAAUCGUUGUGGAGCAAGAGCCAUUCCACAGUUCCACCAGGCUUGAAGCGCUGGGGCGGCCUCCCUUGAACUGCCCAAUGCAAUACGAAAACUACUGGAACUGGGGAAAAGGGGACACACUGAGGACGCCCCAGGCUUGUGCUCCGGCUACCCUUAGUUCUCUCCACAGCGCCAGCUUCCGAUGUCCAGGCCUAUCGAAGAGGCCAAAAUGGCAGACAGUCCAAGACCGAGCUUACUACGCUUGGGACCACAGUAGUUGGCCAGAGGCGACACCUUCACAGCCAUGCAAUCGGUGACGCUGUCAGGCACUAACACCCGCAGGCUACAAAUGGCUUCAGACACAUUGCCCGGCAGAGAGUUUGGAGCUGCCACCCUGGCAAACUGUACUCUGGGACUCUUGUCUCCAGGGAUUAUUCAGGGGACCUUCACAACUCUGCGUGUGUUCUUGCCACGGUCUCACAGACUUACCUUCCUCAAUUGUCGCAGAGGCACCACAAACCUUCCUGAGUGCAGGUGUUCUUAACACACACACACACACACACACACACACACACACACACACACGCAUGCACGCACGCACACCAGCCCCAAGCACAAACCACCUCUCCUCUCCAAAUUAGCAUUAAUCGAGUUACCAGCUCAUUAACUUUGCCAACCUAAGGAAUCAAGGAAUAAAAUCAAAACGGCGUGAAAGAAUACCUACGAGAAAAUUCUAAAACUCAUCCCCGCCCCAGAAAGUUCUCGUUACCCGCAUGGAGUGGGGAGACAAAAAAGGUGGGGGGAGGGACUGGGGUGGUAGGAGAGGAAUGGGCUAGCAAGCGGGAGGGAAGUCCCCAACCGGACCCCUGAAAGUACCCGGUUCAGAUCAGGGUGCGCGAUGGUCGGAAACCGGUCUCCAGGCUCGGCCCCCGCCCCUGCGCAGGGCACAGAUCGGCUCCCGGCUCCCAGGGCUCCCAGCCCCACCAUUUAUCAAAAGGACUUGACAACAAAAGAAGAGCCUUGCGGAAAAGGGGGGGGGCGGAAUUCGAAGUCUCCCAAGUCCCUCGGAGGAAGGGGGUGUGUCCUCUCACCCCCUUCUACUUUCUACGAGUUUCUGGAGGUGACCCUCGAACUAGCUCCGGACGUUACGGAAGUCCAGAGACUUCGCCCAGCGGCACAGGAGUGCAUACACACUGUGCGCCCAGAUCCAGGUAGAAGGCGGCACGCACAGCGCCUCCCUCUUCUUUCCCAACAGCCCGAGUGACGGCGCAAAUCGAGGGGAACGCCGCCGCAGUCCCGCUCCGCUUCCCUGGAAGAACCGGUUCUCACAGGCAGCCGCCCCUCCCUCUCGCGUUCCUUCCCUCUCCUCUCCCGGCACAGGUCAGUCCUGUCUGGACGGUCCCCUUUAUUUAGUCGAGCAGCCCCGGGUCAUCCCGGCUCCCUGGACUGUCGGGAUGGCGCGCGGAGAGUAGUGGCGAAGGACCCGGGAGAGGAAAAGAGCGAGCCUGAGACCUGUUUGCCUGAGCACACGGCCAGGCCUCUUCUCUGGAGCUUUUCAAGCCGCGCUACGAACCGGGUUCACAGAAUUAAGGAGGGUUACCCCAUCAGUAACCUCUAGGACUCGGGCUACAUUGGUGGUGUGGCUCUUUGGAAAGAGGUUCCUGAGUUAGGGGUCGGGACACUACCGAGGGCGGCAGCCGGACAUCCUCAAGUUACAUGCCCGGGAGGGAUUAUCCCAGAGAGGCGGGAAAGCUCCCGUGUUAGACGUCGUCUCCACCGCCGUUCUUAGGUACCAAGCAGCCCCGAACUCUGCGAUCCGGAUUGACCAAAGCACCCCAAGGUGGAGGAUGCGUCGGUCUCUCCAACACGAGGAGGGAAGGCGCACACCCCAGGCCGGUGCGACCGAGAUCGGCGUCCUGGGUGCACCUGCGCACUUUACUCUCACUAUUUCAUUUUCCUGACGGUGGGCGCCUCUUCCCCCUUUCAUUCUUUUUCUUACACCCCUCCUCGACACACACACACACACACACACACACCCCAGGAGGCAGCUCCUCUCUCCCCCUCCUUCAGUUCCUUCUCGGUCUCUUCCUUCCUCUGUCUCACUCUCGGUCUCUCUUUUUUCCCUUCAAGUCUCACCCGCCUUGUAAUCAGCAACAAAAGCUGACAUAAAUCACGGGCAGAUUGACAAGAGCUGACAAAUAACUGAUUGAUUGCGGUCGAGGCACAUUGACAAUUGAUGGAGGGGUGGAGAUGCCCAGAGAAACUGGGGGUGGGGGGAAAGAGAGGGUAGCAGAGAGCAAGAAUGGGGAGGACUGAGUGUGAAACAGGGGAAACAUGUGACCCCCGCUCCUGCCCCAAUCUGAGCGUCCUCGGGUGUCACGUGACCAAGAAAGGCGGAGAGCCCCGCGCACGUCGCCUGGACUAGCAGCCGCCGCCUCCAUUGCCCUUCUAGCUUCUGGUUUCUCUGCUGCGCAAUCUCAGGAAAUCCAAGCGGUCGGGCAGACUUCCUCCGACAUCGGCUCUCCACCUUUCCUUACCCGGGUGGCCGCACCACGCGAGAUCUCAAUUACUGAAAAAAAAAAUUGGUGCGAGGACCCCCUAUGCAUCCCUGGAGUUGAGCGUUCAGCUGGUAUCCACACUCCCGCCGGUGCUUCUUCUCAACACCCGCCCGAAGUCUGUUAACUCAGACGCACUCCCUCCCUCCAAAGGUUUCAGUUUGUUUUUCCAGCGGGGAAAACGAAGAACGACGAGGAGGAAAAAGAAGGAAGGCGGUAGAUGGCAAACGUAGAAUAAAUGUCCAUCUCGUACGGGUAGCGAAAUCGAGGGAGGGGACAAGCCGAGGGGCGGCAAAGAGGGAGCUGCCCAUUAAAACCAGCUCGGAGAGUCCUGGCGGCGGCGGCGGCGGCGGCGCGGGACGCGUCACAUCCCCUUGACCCUCCAAUCACCUCGGGCUCCCAUUUGAUUGGAAGGCGGCAAAGGCUUUAAUCUCCCCCUCGGUGCAGCUGCUUUUGAAGUGAGUUUCCUCGCCAGAGCCUCGGCUGGACAAGCAGCGGCUCGCAUCGCAGAGUGCAGCGCCGGCUCGGGGCCGGGAGAGCGUAGCGCAGGGCGCAGCCCGAGGCAGACACCGCGCACCGCGGGGCACUCCCGCAGUCCACCCGGCUCCUCCAGCCCCGCCACGGCUCCCCUGCGGGCCACCCAGGAUUAUUCGCUUCUGGCUCCGGGCUCCGAGAAGGCUCGCGGGGGCACCCGCGUCCGCCGAGCCAGCUCCUCCUCCAGCUGCUCCCGCUCCCUGGGCGAGCGCGCAGCCCCGAGCCCGCCCCGCGCGUCCCGGAGCCCUCCCCCCGCUGCUCCCAUGCGCGCGGGUGGGUCAUGAGCACAGCGCCCUCGCUUUCUGCCCUAAGAAGCAGUAAGCACAGCGGCGGCGGCGGCGGCGGCGGCGGCGGCAGUAGUGGCAGUGCGGACCCUGCCUGGACCAGCGCGCUUUCUGGAAAUUGCUCCGGCCACGGCCCAGGCUCGUCCCCGGCCGGCAGCACCAAGCCUUUUGUGCACGCCGUGCCCCCUUCUGACCCCCUGCGCCAGGCUAACCGCCUGCCCAUCAAGGUGCUGAAGAUGCUGACGGCACGGACUGGCCACAUUUUGCAUCCAGAGUAUCUGCAACCCCUGCCUUCCACGCCCGUCAGCCCCAUCGAGCUGGACGCCAAGAAGAGCCCACUGGCGCUGCUGGCGCAAACAUGUUCGCAGAUAGGGAAGCCCGACCCCUCGCCCUCUUCCAAACUCUCCUCGGUCGCCUCCAACGGGGGCGGCGCGGGUGGCGCAGGCAGCGGAGCCGGGGGCGACAAGGACGCCAAGUCGGGCCCCCUGAAACUGAGCGACAUCGGCGUGGAAGACAAGUCGAGUUUCAAGCCUUACUCCAAGCCUGGCUCCGAUAAGAAGGAGCCGGGAGGCGGCGGUGGAGGCGGCGGGGGCGGCGGCGGCGGCGGCGGGGGUGUUUCUGCGGAGAAGUCGGGAUUCCGGGUACCGAGCGCCACCUGCCAGCCAUUUACGCCCAGGACAGGCAGUCCCAGCUCCAGCGCCUCGGCCUGUUCGCCGGGAGGCAUGCUGCCCACCGCCGGGGGCGGCCCGGAGGGCAAGGACGACAAGAAAGAUCCGGAAACUGGCGGCGGUGGUGGCAGUAAGGGCGCCGGGGGCUCCUCGGCGGACGGGGUACCCGCGGGGCUGGCACACGGGCGGAUUAGCUGCGGCGGCGGAAUUAACGUGGAUGUGAACCAGCACUCGGACGGGGGUCCAGGGGGCAAGGCUCUAGGCUCGGACUGCGGCGGCUCUUCUGGCUCCAGCUCCGGUUCGGGCCCCAGCGCGCCCACCUCGUCGUCGGUGUUGGGCUCUGGGCUGGUGGCUCCCGUGUCUCCCUACAAACCGGGCCAGACGGUGUUCCCUCUACCCCCCGCGGGCAUGACCUACCCAGGCAGCCUGGCUGGGGCCUACGCUGGCUACCCACCCCAGUUCCUGCCACACGGCGUGGCGCUCGACCCCACCAAGCCUGGCAGCCUGGUCGGGGCUCAGCUGGCGGCGGCCGCAGCCGGCUCCCUUGGCUGCAGCAAGCCAGCCGGUUCGAGUCCCCUGGCCGGGGCGUCGCCACCGUCCGUGAUGACAGCCAGUUUGUGCCGGGACCCAUACUGCCUCAGCUACCACUGUGCCAGCCACCUGGCCGGAGCUGCGGCCGCCAGCGCCUCGUGCGCGCACGAUCCGGCCGCUGCAGCGGCGGCGCUCAAAUCGGGAUACCCACUGGUGUACCCCACGCACCCACUGCACGGUGUGCACUCCUCGCUGACCGCUGCCGCCGCUGCGGGCGCCACACCACCCUCCCUGGCCGGCCACCCCCUCUACCCCUAUGGUUUCAUGCUCCCUAACGACCCGCUCCCCCACAUCUGCAACUGGGUGUCAGCUAAUGGGCCGUGCGACAAGCGUUUCGCCACGUCCGAAGAGCUGCUGAGCCACUUGCGGACCCAUACGGCCUUUCCUGGGACAGACAAACUGCUGUCGGGCUACCCCAGUUCUUCGUCUCUCGCCAGCGCCGCCGCAGCAGCCAUGGCUUGUCACAUGCACAUCCCCACGUCGGGCGCACCAGGCAGCCCGGGGACCCUGGCGCUGCGCAGCCCCCACCAUGCACUGGGACUCAGCAGCCGCUACCACCCCUAUUCCAAGAGCCCGCUCCCCACGCCCGGUGCCCCAGUGCCGGUGCCCGCUGCCACCGGACCCUACUACUCCCCCUACGCCCUCUACGGACAGAGACUGACCACUGCCUCUGCGCUGGGGUAUCAGUGAGGGCGGCCCGGAGGAAUUUGGAGGGAGAGAAAGGAGCUGGGGGAGGGGAGGAGCCGAGGGAGGGGCAGGAGCCGGGCGAGGUUCCUUGACGCCUGCAGGAGCGGAAGAGCCGGGCUACGGGAAGGGAAAAGAAAGCCUAAAUCUUACCUACCCACCACCAACAGCCAGCGAGUGAGCCUGGAAUGGGAAACUCGUCUCCUCCACCCUUAGCUCCCCCCACCCAAACUUUAUAAAAGUUGAAAAAAAAAAUCAUUUGACUUUUUAUAGAAAAAGAAGGAAAAAUAAUUGAGAAAGUGUUCAUCUGAGGACUUCGCCGGUGAACAUUGGUAUUUAUUUAUGUUAGCUCCAAGCGGACCCGUGGUUCAAAAGUGCAUUAUUUAGUUUGAGCUCCGUAGGUUAAAAGGAGGAGGGGGAAAAAAUUAAAACUCGAGGGUAAAUAUGUGGGAAACAAACCCUCCCAUCCCUUGUAGAGUAUAAAUAAAAACAAAACCGCUACAGAACUAGGGUCUUCUCUUUAAUGUUACUUUAAAAUUGCUAUGAUUGUAUUGUGCGUUCUUAUUUAAUGUCUGAUUGAAACUCAAAUUUACAUGCAUGUUUGUUACAAAAAAAAGAAAAAGACGAAACAAAAUAAGUCACAAUUUGUCAACUCUGAUUUCAAAUUGCAAUUAUUUUUAAGGUGUAUACCAUCGAAAGAGAAUGGGUAUUUUUUUGUAUGUAUUCUGGAAGAAAACAAAAAAAAGGAAAAACAAUUCUAUUCCAAAACCUCAUUUGCCUUAUUUUGUUCUUUAAAAGGAACACAACUAUUUUUAAUUUUUAAGUCCACCCGCUGAGAAGGGGACAAGGUUUACGUCAUGUGCUAAAAUAAUAGACAAUGUAUCGCUUUAAAGAUUAAAAUUCCGUAUAUUUGAUGUAUUAAAAGGUUUUACUUCUUA